UUGCAGAUAUUUCGAGCACGUGAUAUCACCUUGCUUUAUGCCCAGCUGAAAUUCUUCUUCAAGCAAGUCCAUUGCGUAAAGCCGCGAAGUAGCCGACAAAGUAGCUGUGAAGCCUUCGUUGUUUGCAAAGAAUUCUGUUUGCCGGAAGGAUAUACGCCGACAAUGAAAAAUCCAAUGUUAGCUCCGGACUACGAUGCUGAAGUGAACAGUCUUACGGGACCCAAUCGUAUUCUUGUCCCAUUCCUUGCAUGUGGCGAUCUAUCCGGCUGGGAUUCCGAUCGAACGUACGGGCUCGAACUACCCGAACUGCUCGAUGAUGGAGAACGAGAACGCUAUACAUACAAGCCUGUGGUGCAACCUCCAACGCAACCAGCCUAUAAAAAAGCUUGUGAAUUAAAAAAAGCGGGUAAACUCGCAAAACCAGAAGUAAAAGAUCCGUUUAUGGAGUGCGAUGUUGCAUCGAAAAAAGAAACGAACAAAAAAGAAUCAGAAAAUGCUGGCAAUUUGGGAAUCGCCGAUGAGCUAGCCGAAGCUUUUGCUGAAUGCUUCGCUUUCAUUGAAGACAACUGA